AUGUCAGCCGCGUCGACCUCCGCGUCCGCGCGCGCCGCAUGCGCGUCGAAACGGUCGCAGACGCGCGCUACGGCGACGAAUCAAAAAUUUGCGCCGCCGCAGAAACGAAACUCUCGCGCGCUCGUUCGGCGCCGCGCGCGCGAAAACUACCACGGCGAGAGCGAGGCCCUGGCGCAGAAGUCCAAGGCGACGUAUGAUAAACUCGUGGACGUGUUCGACGGGCGAGAGGAGAAGGAUUGGAUCGCUCUGCUGGCGUUCAGUGGGAAGUGGCUGGAUUUGCGAGGCGGCGUGUUCGAGCGGUGCGCGGAGCGGGCGCGAGAGAGCGAAGAUCCGGACGAUGAGAUGCGUCUGAGCGCGCUGAGACGGAAGCUGAUGGCCCUGGACGAGCGCGUGGACGCGUACGCGCGUACGCUGGAGGAGAUACGUGAGAGGGAGAAGGAUAUGUGGGAGGGGUUCGUCGCAACGAGAAGGCGCGAGUUUACGGUGGAGUUCUUCACGUGGUUACGAUUCAAGCUCGAGGCGGUGGCGCAAGGAGAGGACGAUAACGCGAAGGAGGAGUUGACGAAGGAAGCGGCGCUGUUGUUGUCGCUGUGCGAGACGUACGAUGAGGCGUCGAAGGAUCAGCAGGUGAUCGAGCAGGCGACGCAGACGCUGCAGGACAUCCUGCAGGCGGAUAGCUUGGACGCCAUGGACGCCAAGAUCGACGAGUUGGCCAUGGCGAAUCAGAUCACCCCGGCGUUGGUCUUGACCGCAUCCAAGGCGUACAUGAGCGUCAAGGAGAGCCAGUACACCAAGGAUGAGAUCAAGGACGUCAUGGCGCACUUGUACUUUAAGAUGAAGGACACGACUGCGCGUCAGCAACCCAAAGAGGUCCGCAUCUUGAAGUACAUCCUCUCCAUGGAGGACCCGAUAGAUCAAAGAAACGCCCUUGAAGAAGCCUUCACCCCAGGACCGGAGCUCGAGGAGGUCGGCGCCAACACCGACCUUCUCUGGUGCGAGCCCAAAGACCUCCUCGCCCUCAUCGACGUCAUCGUCGACAACUUUUACCAGAGCGCCGGGAAGAAAAACUUACGCGGCGACGCCGCGGCGAUGAUGAGCCCCGCGUUGGUGGAGCGCAUGAAAGCCCUAAAACAAAUCAUCCUCGCCCACUUUAGCGAAUAA